AUGCUAUACGGCACGAUAACUGAAUUUUGUUCACCAGUUACAUGUCCAAGAAUGCUGGCAGGUGACCAAUAUGAAUACCUCUGGCAAGAUCCUAAUAACCCCAAAUACAAACGAGCCACCAAAGUUAGCGCUCCAGAGUACAUUGAGAAUCUCAUGACAUGGGUCCAGACAUAUUUCAACAACGAAAAGUAUUUUCCCAGCAAGACUGGUGUACCAUUUUCUAAAGAUGCACCUGCUGUGUUCAAGACCAUCCUAAAACGACUUUUCCGAGUGUACGCUCAUAUCUAUUGUCAUCACUUUGAGCACAUCACCGAAUUAAAGAUGCACCAGCAUUUGAACACCUCCCUCAAACAUUUUGUACUGUUUUGCAACGAGUUUCAGCUUGUUGACGCUGCUGAAUUUGCGCCUCUACAAGAACUCAUUGAUAUAAUGCUUGCCAGUGAUGGCAAAUAA